CUCACACUCGUGUCCCGUGGGUGGCCCGUCUAGAUCACGAGUCCACCAGCGCCAUCGUCAUGGUGACGCGUGUUAGCUAGGGUUUUAGAGACAUGGCGCUCAAUCUCACAACGAGCGCGUUCGUGGGUGUGGAGCACGCAAUGGCCGCCGCCAUGGGCAGCCGCCGCUUGGUUCUGCGUGCCAGCCACAUUGCUUCCUCGCGCAGCGCUCGAGAUUGGUCAUCGCCAUCUCCUCUUCUGCUCAAACAGAAAGAGGAAGAGGAGGAAACACUCCAGGGAAGAACACCACAGCACUCUCGUUUUCUUCCGCCAGACAAGGAAGGAGGAGGAGGAACCGCGAAGCCGGAGAAGAUGAAGAAGCCAUCGAUCAAGGUGACGAGACCAUCUCCCGGAUUCAGUCCUUUCAGCGCACAGGGAUUCGCGUCGCUCAAGCUGUCACCCAAGCUCGUCCAGAAGCUGGACGAGAUGAAUCUCAAGUCGCCCACGCAAGUCCAAGCGUCCGCCAUCCCAGUGCUCCUCGAUGGCCACGACGCUGCCAUGCAAUCCUACACUGGCUCCGGGAAGACGCUCGCCUACUUGCUGCCAAUUCUCUCCACGAUCGGGCCCUUCGCGGACGCUGGAGGAGACGAGUCCGCGAGGAAGACUGGCGCGAUCGACGCGGUGAUCGUCGCGCCGUCCCGGGAGCUGGCAAUGCAGAUCGUCCGCGAGGCCGAGAAGCUCCUGGGUGACGAGCACCGGCGGCUUGUCCAGCAGCUCAUAGGUGGCGCCAACUUGAAGCGCCAGGCCGAGGCUCUCAAGAAGAACAAGCCCAUGAUCAUCGUUGGAACUCCCGGGAGGAUCUCCGAGUUUAGCCGCGCAGGGAAGCUCCACACGCACGGAUGCCGGUUUCUCGUGUUCGACGAGGCGGACCAGGUGCUCUCCAUGAAGUACCGCGACGACAUGAAGCGAAUCCUCGAGCAUGUUGGAACUCGGAGAGCCUCUUCCUCGUCCUCGUCCUCCUCAAACUCGCAGCCGCAAAGAUUAGAGAGGCAGACGAUCCUCGUCUCGGCGACCAUGCCGCCGGCUCUUCUGAAAGCUGCGGAGGACUGGGGGCACAAGCCACUGCUCGUCAAGGCCGCAGCAGCGACGUCAACCAGCCAGAGCUCGUCAGAGGUGGAUUCGCAACAACAGAAAAGGUGGUCGAGUGAUCCUGACGUGAGAGGAGCCCGGGAGAGCUUACCACCCAACCUCCGGCAUUGCUACGUGAUCAGCCCCGCCAGGCACCGCGUCUCCACGCUCCGGAGGUGCAUCAACGCGCUGGAUCCUCAGUCCGUGCUCGUGUUCAUGAACUUCUCGCGGCGUCUCAAGGACACCAUGUUCAAGCUCCAGGCCGGAGGGAUCGACGUGAGCUGCCUCCACGGCGACAAAGGAAAGCUUGGCCGGAGCAACACACUCACUGCUUUCAAGGCCGGGAAGAUCCGGGUGCUGGUGGUGAGUGAAGUUGGAGCUCGCGGUAUCGACGUUCCCGAGUGUGAUCUCGUCGUCAACUUGGAGCUCCCGACGGAUGCUACGCACUACGCGCACCGGGCUGGGCGGACGGGGAGGCUGGGCCGCGGUGGAACCGUGCUCACCAUAUGCGAGGAGCGGGAGAAGUUCGUGGUGGACAAGUUUGAGAAGCAGCUCGGGCUCCAGAUCGACCAAUGCGAGGUCGCGUGUGGGGACGUGAGCCUGGAAGAAGAGGACCAACUUGACGAAGAAGACGAAGAUGAAAGAAAGAGUUUUCAAAGCCGCCAUAGCCAAAGAAACGAAGGUUACAAGAGGAGGACGACGAUGCGUCCUUCUUUCGGUAUGGAAGCUUGAAAGUUCUUCGUACAAAGCCCCCAAAAGGAGAAGAAAAGAAGCUUUUUUUUCAAA